GGCAGCGCACGGACACGCAUGCGGUAGCGGAUCGGCUCGCGAUAUUCUGUACAUACCGCUUUGACGUAACCACGCGGAAAGGCGGGGGACCGUCGCUUCCGCGCGCGACCGACCGCAUUCUCAAGUCAAGAUGGACGAAAAGUUGAUAUUGUCCGUUUUUAAUUUUCCUGAGCUGUAUAAUACAACUUUGCCAGAUUACCGCAAUGGUGAGACAAGAUCCCUUGCUUGGCGGAGAAUCAGCGCGUUGACAGCUCUUCCAGCUGAAGAGUGCAAAAGGAAAUGGAAGAAUCUAAGAGACCGAUACUUCAAGGAAGUACGACAGGAGAAAAGGAGUAAGGAGGAGACAGGGGAGCGCACCACCAGUCGAUGGAAAUACAGACAACUUCUGAACUUUCUUCAACCAUUCAUUAAACCUAGAAACGGCAAUGCAGACCAUGACAACCAGGAAAGCCCUGAUACAAUCAAUAAAAGCACACAGAGUGAGAUCAAACCUGUCAAAACACUCAACACAGCCCUGGUAAACAACAUGAAACCCCCUACAACCCAGGUUGGGACCAUGUCGCAGCUAGCCUUUGUGACCCAGCAACAAGGCACCCAGAUGGCCCAGCUGGCUUUCCUGGCCAAGCUACCACCAGGUGCCCAAAUAUCCCCAGCGCCCCAGCCAUCCUCAGCUCCCCAGCUAUCAACAUACACAACCAGGAAGAGGCCUCAGACACGACAAGAGUCCCCUGCUUCACCAUGUUCCUCAAGCACUCCUGCCAAGCUCUCCACAAAGAACAGGAGGCUGCUGGCCAAAGAGAAAGAUCACAGAUCAGAUUCCAUGAUCCCUAACCGACAGUGUGACGAGGAUGAGAUGUUUCUUCUCAGCUUCGUUCCUGCCUUGAAGAGGCUAGCCCCACAAAAAAGAUGUGAGACCAAAAUUAAGAUCCAACAGAUAAUGUAUGAGGCAGAGUUUAGUGUAGAUCAGCCAUUGACUGUCAAAGACCCACUGGUGACAGUGUCCAAUGAACUGCCAGAGCCCGUGCCUCAAGAAGACCAAGGGCCAGAGUCACAAGAAGAGCCAGAGACAUAACUCAUUCAUUUUUGUAGGGUCUACAGGGGUUGUUCUCAGUGGAAGUUCUAUUGUUUCUUUGGACCUAAAGUAUUUUUUUGUAAAAUAUAUUUCUCUCCUAAAACAUGAAGAGCCAAGUUAUUCAUCUGUUUUUAGAAUAAUCACAUUUUGUGGUAUCAUAUUGAGAGAUACUUUUAUAUUUUUCACAAGAGUUGAUUAACAACCAAAUCAAUUAUUUUAAUAGAUCUUAAAGCAUUUUCUGUUAUGAAUGCAAGUUAACCCAAUUGAAAAUACAAUGAGCUGUUAUGUUUCUUUGAAUGCCAUUAAAUGGUUGCAGCCUGAUUAGAGAAA